UCGCCGUCGCUAGUCUGGCAUCGUUUCUCGUCGCUCUCCUCUGGCCCGCGUAUCUGUCGAUGCAACACUACCGCCUGGGCGUGACGCAUGGAAGAGGAAUCACCGUCUACCGUCUACCGUCUGUCCAGCAGUGUUGUCAAAAGCCUCGAGAAGCCAUUACGAAUAGCCUGGAAGAGGAAUCAAUCUUAGUACCGUGGCGACUUCGGUUGUGACAUAGCUCCGAGUUAACAAACGGACUAAACUGAAAUGAAUAAGGCUACCUCAAGUAGUAACCAGGCCAUACACAUCGUGCCGCUCUGGUCAGUCUCAAACCAGGAGUCUCCUCCUCGCAGUCUUAAUUUCGUUUCCAGGCAAGCGCAACGAGAAACGAUUUGCGGAUCAUAGGGUGAUUGUUUAGCACCCGAAACCUCAUUGUAGUUUCCUCAGAAGAAUCAUACGAGCAUAUAGCUUUCCAAUGAUGACAUGGGUACGCCGUAGACCAGCUUUAGGGCUUUUCCUUCUAGUUUCGACCGUCCUAUCCUCUCUACCCAACCUAGGCCAUUCUCCCUACGCUACCCUCCUGGCCUCCGCUCAGCCGAUCAUAAGUCAGGUAGUUGCCGGAACAGACGGCAAUUUCGCAGUGCAGAUCACGGUGCGGGAUGUAGCGGGGGCUGUAGCGGCUGACGUGGCAGACCUCCGGCUCGUAUGGUCCAACGGCACGGCUAUUUGGGAGGGCAAGGAGUACGGCGACAGGUGGCGGCUUCUUCCAGGUGUCACGAUCACGCUGUGCCACGGUGGCGGGUCGCUCAUUCUGGAGCGACUAUGCGACGUUGUGGUCGAGUCACUCCGCUUCGGCCCCUACGUGUCGUUCAACCUGCUCUGGCAACCGCCGGAUCGCGCCCCCACCAGGGACAUCUUCGGGAAAUCACCCCUUCGCACCAAGUCUUCCGCCUCUCCCGGCGGCGCAGCCGUCGUCGCCGCCGCCGCCUCAGGCGGCGAGAGCUCGCGCGUCCUGUGGUGGGGCAUCGACUCCAAGGCCGAGCACAGCAACAGGGGCCGAACCGCGGUGCGGUCUGCGCACGCCGCGUCGCCCAUGGUCAACUGGACGGCGCCGGAGCGCGACUGGACGCUGCUCCCCGCGAAUCUAAUGCUCUCGGGCGGCGUGGUUCUAAAUCUCGCCGUCUGCUCCGCCGCCGGAUGCGCUAAGAUCCCGUCUUUCCCGCUGUCCCCGUGCGGGCCCACCGGCCCAGCCGCGUCCCCCGUCGACUCUAGCCGGACCAUGAGCUUUGGCCUGUGGUCCUUCGACUCCCGCCCCAUGCCUUGCAGAGGCACAUGCCCCACCCUCGAUACCUUGCUGAGACGCGGCUCGCCCUUCAUCCGGAAAUCACGGGUGCACGUGUGGGCGCUGACCGGGCUGACAGCAUGCAACACGGUGCAGCAGCUAGCGGAUCAGGCCAGCAGUGCCACCUUCCCCAAGUUCGGCCGCUACCGCGCGUACCACGUGGCGGAGCAGCCGUCCCCCGCGCGCCUGAACGAGUCGUGGCGGUCGCUGCCGCUCUCCCUCAUGUCUCUGCACGCGCCCCUGGGGGCGCUGCCCCUGCAGAGCACCGUUGAGUCGGAGCACUACCCCAUCCCGGACUCCGCCUGCGGGCUGCCGGACGGACAGGCGGGGAAGACCCCUCCGCCCACGCACUUCGUGUCGCAUUUCAACGUGGCGGGUGUGCGGUUCGCAGUGGUGGGGGUGUACCUGGUGCUGGGCGUGUCUUUCCGAGGCAGCUUGCCCUGUGCCAUUAGGGAGGCGCAGGCAGUGGCAAUGGCGCGAGUUGUGCGGCGGCUGCUGCUGCGAGGGGAGGAGGUGGUGGUGAUGGGCACGUUCAAUGACCUCGAUGGGGACCUCUCCGCCGACCUGGCCAUGGAGAACCUGGAUCCGGUGUCCCGAGUCAUGCAGAUCAUCAAGGAUGCCACGUCAGAGCGCUUGAUCAAUGUGGCGGCUGCCUUACCCUCGGAGAAGAGGCAGACGGCUGCACUGCAGACCAACUUCAUCCUGAUAUCGCAGCACCUGACGGAUGCCAUAUCCGUGGAGAUGCCCCACGUGAAAGGCAUGCCAUACAACCCAGUCAUUUUGAAGCUACGCUUGCAGCAACGACACUACCGCACUCCCUCCCCUCCUCCUCACUCACCCUCCUCCCCCACCCAGCUCCCGAAAUCGCCAACUCAUAACUCCCCCUCAAGCGUCAUCCAAGAACCCCGUUCUGGCCUCAACUCGUCUCACUCAGCCAGGAGUGACGGCAGCAGCAACAGCAGCAGGGGCAGCAGUGGCGGCAGCAGCAACAGCAGCAGGGGCAGCAGUGGCGGCAGCAGCAGACAUGGAAGCAGAGUGGAUGGGUCACGUCCAAAUACCACCACAACCACCACCGCUACCACCAGCAACAGCAGUAGUCCUGUAAGUGCUGGUGGUAACAGCAGCAGCAGUACAGCCAGCAGCAAUGCCACCUCUGCUUCUGCCCCUGCAUCUACCACAGCAGCAGCUGCGCCUGCUGAUUCGUCCUCUCGAGUAGGAGCAGGGGAGCAUGAUGCUUCUGCUGACAGCAGCAGCAGCGAUGGGAGCAGCAGCAAUGAGGAUAGUCAGGGACUGAGUGGCGGUGCAGUGGCAGCGAUUGUCUUCUUUGUAAUCAUCGGUCUGGCCAUCGGGGCUGCUGCGGCCUUCUGGUGGCUUGGUGGGGCGAAGCUGCUUCAGAAGGAGUCGUUCAAGCGCAAGGGCAUGAACAUGUUCGUUGUGGGCGUUGGACCACACUGGAAGCUCGGGAAGAAGAAGGGGCAUGGUGGAGGAGGAGGAGGGGAUGGAGAUGCCGGCUCCGAGAAUGGAGGACUGGCAAAGGAGGAGGGGGGUGGGUACGGAGGGGAUGACAGUGGGAAGGAUGGGGAAGCCGGGGGAGCGAAGCCAAAGAAGAAAUCGUUUAUGUCGGGAUAUAAAGUAUGGAAGCCGAUGGAUGCAUCGCGGUUUGUGCCGUCGCGGCCGGUCAUGGCACCUCCCUUCCAGAGCUUCCUUACAUCACAGCCGGGAUCACCGAUUAUUGACAAUCCUGUCCCGUUGUCGCGCCGUGCGGGGUGGGAUGACAACGACGACGACAAUGACGAUGAUAACUGGAGCCCUCCGCGCUUUGCACUUUUAGAGCCUCGCACCGGCUUGAGGGAAUAUAGCUAGUACUUCUGGCCUCCAAAGGUCUUGUACUGGUGGGGGCAGUAUGUGCUUCUCUAGUUCCAAUAUGUCAACAACCAUGGUUGAUAUCAUGCUUGCAAGAACAUGGCCGGUGUUGCUUACACUGCUAUGUUAUUUUGACACCAAUGUAGGUGUAUUCAAUGCAAUAAUGUAGUAGAGCCACG